AUGGGUACAGCGCCGUGUUACAAAAAGAAAAAUGAGGAAGUGAAAGUGGCUCACCGGGGACAUUUGAGUGAUAAGAGUAUGAAAUCUAACAAUGAGGACUUUCCAGAGUAAUAGGGUGAAGAAUAAGAGGAGGAGGAAGAAGAAGAAAACAUAGUUUAUGAUUACAUUUAAGGUGAAUUGAUUUAGGAGGGAUGUAAUGUAUACUCUGCAUUGAAUACUCUAAAUGGGUAACUUUUGGCAUUGAAAAUUUUCAAAUUAAGUUCGGAAGAUGACUUUGAUAAAGUGAUUAGUAUAGUGGAUAUUCUCAAAAGGUUAGAAUUCAAGAAUAUCCAUCAAAUAAUAGGUUGGGAUUACUCAGUAUUCAAAAAUGAAGUAAUCUAAAAUGAAAUUAAAAUACUCAUGCCUUACGAGAGUGGAGGCUCAAUCAGUUGGUUAUUGUAGAAAUUCAGUUCAUUUUCUCCUCAACUUGCUAUUAUGUUUAUGAAGCAAAUAUUGUAAGGACUGGAAUAUCUACACAGUCAAGGAAUACUGCACAGGAAUCUAAAAACCUCAAAUGUCUUAGUGGAUGGAGAAGCCAAUGCUAAAUUGAGUGACAUCUAUAUUCUUAACAAAUACAAACUAUCCAUGUACAGUGCUCCUGAAUGUUUCAAUGGACAGGAGUACUCCCAGUAUUCUGAUGUAUGGAGUGCUGGUUGUAUAUUUGUAGAAAUGCUCACUAAAAUGCCACCUUGGCAUCAUUUAUCCUCAGACAUUACUCUGGAUUAAAUACGAAAUUCUAUCAAUAAAGGAUAAUUAUUUCAAUUCAAACGCAUAACUAAAUCAGAGGAUAUUUUGUAAAUCUUCAAUCAAAUAUUCAAAUUGAAUCCAAAAGAACGAUCUACUCCCAAUCAGUUGCUCACUCAUUCUGCCUUUCGAAAUCUUGAAACUGAGCCAUUGAAAUCUGUGGUAAUCUCAACUAGAAAAUACUAUAAUACUAAACAUGAUGAUAGAAAAUCCUUCAAACCGUGUAAUAGCAAUAUGUCCAGUUCCAGUAUACAUGGUGGCUUGUCAGUUUCAAUAAGAAGGAGCAAUAAUCCUGAUUCAAGUAAAUAUCAAUAAGUUCUGUAAUAAUUGAAGUCUAUUCAUCAAGACUUCAAUAGAACUGAGAAUAUGUAAGAAACACAACUUCUCUCUCACAAUGAUCUAUGCAGCGUUGUAACGAGAAAGAUUCAGAUCGAAGCUAAAAUCAAGGAAAAAGGAAUUCAUUACAUUCACAAAGACAAAAAUGCAUUGGUUGAAAACGGGUUGAUCAGACCAAAGGAAGGACCUACUUAAAUUGCCAAAAUCUCUGUCAAUGGUAUCCCAGAUCAAGGAAAUAAGAAUCAAGUGCAUAAGCCUCCCAUCAAUCAAAAUAGUCAGCAAUACAAAUCCAUCAUGCACAGUGGAAGUCUAGAAAAAAUACAAACCAUUAGAUCCAGUGAAUUUGUAAAGAGCAAUGAUCAAAGCAUUGAACCAUAACCAGCCAUACCUAAUAAAUAGUUAAGUGAAUCACAACAAUUAGAAGAACUUAUGGCUUAAUAAUUUUAUUAGAAUCAAAACCAUCGCAAUUAAAAAGAGGAAAUCAAACCCAAAAUUAAUCUAAAUGACAUUGAAAAGAUGAUGAUGGAUUAAUUUUCAUCAUCCAUGCUCAAAUCAAAUUAAAAUGAAGAAGAAUAAUAACCAGAAACACAUGAGUAAUAGGAAUACUAGUAAGAAACUAAAUAUAUAAAGUCUGAAAUAAUUCUCAUGAAUAAUAAUAACAUCCAAGAUCCAAAUUACUUUGAAAAUCUUAUGUAAUAGUAAUAUUUAGAGGAAGAUGAUCAAGAAAUAGAUGAACUGUAAAAACUUGAAGAUCUUAUCCAAUAAUAAUAUUAUAAUAACAUCGAUAAAAACAACGAUAAUCAUUAGGAUUAUGUCAUUUAAAGAUAAUUAUCCAAUCAUGAUAAGUCGAUUGAACCAUUAGAAGAAAAGCAAGAGGAGGUCCUCUAAGAAAACUUAUCCAUUAUUGCUUUUGAUUAACUUGCACAGUCUCCUAAAAAUGACAACGAAAUGUUAAUAGAGGAUGAUUUUAUAUAUAUGUUAUGA